GGGCCGGUGGGUUUGUCAGGCGCGCGGGCCCCGCCGGGCGGCGUGUAAGGGGCGCGCGGGCGGGAUGUCGGCGUUCUCGGAGGCGGCGCUGGAGCGGAAGCUCUCGGAGCUCAGUAACUCCCAGCAGAGCGUGCAGACGCUGAGCCUCUGGCUCAUCCACCACCGCAAGCACUCGGGGCUCAUCGUCACCGUCUGGGAGCGGGAGCUGCGCAAAGCAAAACCAAAUAGGAAGUUGACAUUCCUAUACCUGGCCAACGAUGUCAUUCAGAACAGCAAAAGGAAAGGACCAGAAUUUACAAAAGACUUUGCACCAGUUAUAGUUGAGGCCUUUAAGCAUGUUUCAAGUGAGUCUGAUGAGAGUUGUAAGAAGCACCUUGGCCGAGUGCUCUCUAUUUGGGAAGAAAGGGCUGUUUAUGAAAAUGAUGUAUUGGAACAACUUAGGCAAGCUUUGUAUGGUGACAGAAAGGCCAGGAAGCGCACAUUUGAACAGAUAAAAGUUGAUGAAAAUAACUGUUCAGCACAAAGUUCUCCAAGUGACCCUCCACAGACUACAGAUCUCAUUAGAGCAUUACAAGAACUAGAAAAUGCAGCCUCUGGGGAUGCAGCAGUUCAUCAGAGGAUAGCUUCAUUGCCUGUAGAGGUCCAAGAUGUGUCCUUACUAGACAGAAUAACAGAUAAGGAAUCUGGAGAACAGCUUUCCAAGAUGGUAGAUGAUGCUUGUAUGGUACUGGCGGAUUACAAUGGCAGGUUGGCGGCUGAAAUAGAUGAUAGAAAACAAUUAACUCGAAUGUUAUCAGACUUUCUGCGAUGUCAAAAAGAAGUCCUUGCAGAAAAAGAGCAUAAGUUGGAACUUCUGUUGCAGGUGGUGGACAUGGACGUAUCUCCUAAUGAUGUCACCAUCCAUUAGUACACACAUCCUGCUAAAAAUAAAUAUCAAAAUCAAAAUCCUGUAUUGUCUCUCGUUUUUGAAAAUUGAAAAGAUAUUACUUUAGUAACUGCUUAUAUCAAAAUGUGCUCUUUGCCUUUUCACUGAUACUUUCCAUUGUUUGUUUCCAUACAAACCACAACCUGUCUUUUAUACCUGAAGCAGAAAAUAAGUGUUUGUUCUCCCUGGAGAUUAGAAGCUGCAAAUUUUAAUUUGCUAGAAUGAAAUAUGCAGCAGCUGCGAAGCUAGCAUUCAUUUUCAAUAAAUUCAACGUCUUAAAGCCCUUGGUCUUGUUAAAAACACUUAGAAUGUGGAACCCUUAACCAGAGAAGUCAACAGUUUGAAUUAUAGUGAAGUUGUAAUUUUAACAAAAAAGCUGUGCAACUAAUGCCAUUAUUAUUUUUUACUGCCAGUAACUUGGUGGGCGUGUUAGGUUACAUCCCAAUGGGAUGUGAUACAACUUGCAGCAUGUGUCCUUCACAUGUA